GUUUUGGGGCGUGCCAGGGGUGCAGCCUGCCGAAUGCAGACCUCACUUCAAUUCCAUCUUCGAAGCCGGGCCUAGGUUCAGUGGAGACGAGGAAAGAGGAAAUGGGCCCCCCCCCAGCCCCACCCCCGGGAUGUCAUCUCAAACUCGAGUGGAUAAUCAUAGCGAGCGUUUCUUGACGCUUAUGCUGUGCCGGGCCGGGGGCUAAGCACGUUCUCUGCCUUCUUUCUUUCUGUCUUUUGACCUUUGAGACAGGGUCUCCCUAUGCAGUUCAGGCUGGCCGUGAACUGGCGGCGGUCCUCCUGCCUCAGCCUCCCGCGCGCUUUCGCUGAUUCCUCCCUUUGCGGAGCAGCCCCAUUUCCUCCCCUCCCCGUGCUUUCGUCCGAGUAACACCCUUUCAGUCGUUCACUGCCCCUGCUGAGGACCCUGGCGACCGGGGCCCUGGACCAAGCUGGGACACAAACUCCCCGGGCUCUGGAGAAGUAGCAGGGACAGGUCUGUGCAGAAGGGUAAGAUGCAGAACCGGGUGGAAACCUCACAGUCAGCUUCUGAUGGUGACAUUCGCUGCGCCUCCAUUUCCCAAAUGGGGAAACUGAGGCUUCGAGUGGCCGAGUGAACUGCUUGAGUUGGACACCGGAAGUUCCAGGACACGCCCCUAGGAUGCCUCUGUGCCAGCGGGGAGGCUCCGCGAGAGGCGGCCGGCCCGACGGGGAUGCAGUGCAGCCCUUGGCCACCACGAGAGGCCUGCAGGUCCUUCUGCACUGGGCCGGCCCCGGCGGCGGGGAGCCCUGGGUCACCUUCCGUGAGGCCUCGCUGACUGCCGAGGACGUCUGCGUCCGCGUCGCUCAGCGAGUAGGAAUCACGCCAGCCUGCUUCAAUCUCUUUGCUCUCUUUGAUGCUGAGGCCCAAGUGUGGCUGCCCCCAAACCAUGUCCUGGAAGUUUCUGGAGACACAAGCCAGAUACUCUAUUUCCGCAUGAGAUUUUACUUCCGGAACUGGCAUGGCAUGAAUUCUCAUGAACCACCCGUGUUCCGCUGCAGACUCCCAGGGGCUGAGACGUCCUCAGAACAGGCAGAGCAGGGGGUACAAAUCUUGGAUCCAGCCUCCUUUGAGUACCUCUAUGAGCAGGGCAAGUAUGAGUUUGUGAAUGAUGUGGUGUCGCUGUGGGAGCUAUCCAGUGAGGAGGAGAUCCACCACUUUAAGAACGAGAGCCUGGGCAUGGCAUUUCUGCACCUCUGCCACCUCGCUCUCUGCCGCAGUGUUCCCCUGGAGGAGGUGGCCAAAGAGAUCAGCUUCACGCACUGUAUCCCGCGCUCCUUCCAGCAGCAGAUCCGCCAGCACAACAUACUGACGCGGCUGCGGCUGCGCAGCGUCUUCCGCCGCUUCCUGCGGGCCUUCCAGCCAGGCCACCUGUCCCAGCAGGUCAUCAUGGUCAAGUACCUGGCCACUCUGGAGCACCUGGCGCCCCGCUUUGGCGCCGAACGCAUCCCUGUGCGUUACCUAGAGAUCCUGUCCCAGGCUGAUAGGGAGCCCUGCUACGUCCAGGACAGCGGGCAGCCCCCCGUGGACCCUGACUCCACGUCACCCGCGGGGCCCCCCACCCACGAAGUGCUGGUCACAGGCACCGGGGGCAUCCAGUGGCGCCCGGUGCAGCCCGAGGGUGCCAGCGGCAACAGUGGUAGCAGCUCAAAUCUGCAAGCCGGGGUGCUUGGGAGAAAGACCAGGGCCCACGAGGAGGCAGGUGAGCAGCUGGCAGAUUGGCCACGGGAGCCACCCUGGACCUACUUCUGUGACUUCCGGGACGUCACCCACAUGGUCCUGAAGGACAGUUGCAUCACCAUCCACCGGCAGGACAACAAGUGCCUGGAAAUGAGCCUGCCCUCCCGGGCUGCCACCCUGUCCUUCGCGGCGCUGGUGGACGGCUACUUCCGCCUGACGGCUGACUCCAACCACUACCUGUGCCAUGAGGUGGCGCCACCGCGGCUGGUCCUGAGCCUCCAGGACGGCAUCCACGGGCCUCUGCUGGAGCCAUUUGUGCGGGCCAAGCUGCGGCCGGAGGACGGGCUCUACCUCAUACACUGGAGCACCAGCCACCUCCACCGCCUCAUCCUCACGGUGGCGCAGCGGGAGCCGACCCCCGGCGGCGGCGUGCGGAGCAUGCGCCUCCGCAAGUUCCCCAUCGAGCGGCAGGCCGGCGGCUUCGUGCUGGAGGGCUGGGGCCGCCCCUUCGCCAGCGUGCGGGAGCUGCGGGUCGCCCUGCAGGGCUGCUCCCUGCGGGCUGGGGACGACUGCUUCUCCCUGCGCCAGUGCUGCCUGCCCCGGCCCGGAGAGAUCUCCAACCUCAUCAUUAAGCGGGGGCCGCAGGCCAGCACGCGGCAGCUCAACCUCAGCCAGCUCAGCUUCCACAGGGUCCAGCAGGAUGACAUCACCCAGCUGUCACACUUGGGCCAGGGCACGAGGACCAACGUGUAUGAGGGUCUCCUGCGAGUGGAGAUGCUCGAGGAGGACAAAGAGGAUGGCGUGGACCCUGGGGAGCCCAGUGGGGGCCGUGGGCAGGAGCUGCAUGUGGUGCUGAAGGUGCUGGACCCAGGUCACCACGACAUCACGCUGGCCUUCUACGAGACAGCCAGCCUCAUGAGCCAGGUGUCCCACGCACACCUGGCCUUCAUGCAUGGUGUCUGCGUGCGCGGCUCCGAGAACGUCAUGGUGACGGAGUUCGUGGAGCACGGGCCCCUGGACAUGUGGCUGCGGCGGGAGCGGGGCCGCGUGCCCCUGGCCUGGAAGCUGGUGGUGGCCCAACAGCUGGCCAGCGCCCUCAGCUACCUGGAGGACAAGAACCUGGCGCACGGGAACGUGUGUGGCAGGAACAUCCUCCUGGCACGGCUGGGGCUGGCAGAGGGCACCAGCCCCUUCAUCAAGCUCAGCGACCCAGGCGUGGGGCUGGGCGCCCUCUCCAGGGAGGAGCGUGUGGAGCGCAUUCCCUGGAUGGCGCCUGAGUGUCUGCUCGCCGGGACCGGCAGCCUGAGCACAGCUGCGGACAAGUGGGGCUUUGGUGCCACCCUGCUGGAGAUCUGCUUCGAUGGCGAGGUGCCCCUGCAGGGCCGCACCCCCUCCGAGAAAGAGCGCUUCUACCAGAAGCAGCACCAGCUGCCUGAGCCCUCAUGCCCCGAGCUGGCCGCAGUCACCAGCCAGUGCCUGAGCUACGAGCGGGCCCAGCGGCCGUCCUUCCGCACCAUCCUGCGCGACCUCACGCGGCUGCAGCCCCACAGUCUCGUGGACGUCUCAACUGUGAACCCCGACUCACCUGCGUCAGACCCCACGGUCUUCCAUAAGCGCUAUCUGAAAAAGAUCCGCGAUCUAGGGGAGGGUCACUUUGGCAAGGUCAGCCUAUACUGCUAUGACCCAAACAACGAUGGCACUGGCGAGAUGGUGGCGGUGAAAGCCCUCAAGGCGGGCUGCGGGCCCCAGCACCACUUGGGCUGGAGGCGGGAGAUCGAGAUCCUGCGCACGCUGUACCAUGACCACAUCAUCAAGUACAAGGGCUGCUGCGAGGACCAAGGUGAGAAGUCCGUGCAGCUCGUCAUGGAGUACGUGCCGCUGGGCAGCCUCCGAGACUACCUGCCCCGGCACAGCGUCGGCCUUGCCCAGCUGCUGCUGUUCGCCCAGCAGAUCUGCGAGGCCCUCUGCGGGACCCGCCUCUGCUAUCUUGUUCCUCCCUCCGAUGCGCGGUGCCGGCGCCGAUGCGCGGUGCCGGCGCCGGCGGUCCUGCUCUGCUCUCUCGGGUGGCCGGGUCUCCAGGCUUCACCCACUGUCGCUCAGCCACGCAGCCAGCCGCGCCCUGACGGUGGCCCGCCCGCCCCCAGGGCAUGGCCUACCUGCACGCGCAGCACUACAUCCACCGCGACCUGGCCGCGCGCAACGUGCUGCUGGACAACGACAGGCUCGUCAAGAUCGGGGACUUCGGCCUGGCCAAGGCCGUGCCCGAAGGCCACGAGUACUACCGCGUGCGCGAGGACGGGGACAGCCCCGUGUUCUGGUGACCAGGCGGGCGCGGCCGGGGGUGGGAGUGUCCCAGUGCCACUUGGGAAAGGCAAGGUGGGGGAGCCAGGCUGCCCCGCUGGACCUGGGCGGGGCCUGGAGGUGGGACGGCCCGAGGGUGGGGUCGGUCUGGGAAGAUCUUCACCCCGAGGCUGUGCCCUUCACGGUGGGAUCGCAAAUGGGGCAGAGGAGACCUUCCCUCCGGUGAGGCUCCCGCCUGGCCCGACCCCUAGCCCCGAGUCCAGCCCCCAGGCCUGAGCUCCCCCUUUCCCAGGUAUGCCCCCGAGUGCCUCAGGGAGUGUAAGUUCUACUACGCGUCCGACGUCUGGUCCUUCGGCGUCGCACUCUACGAGCUGCUGA